AUGAUAAACGAAACAACACCAGUACCAUUUGUAUUUGAUGAUAAAAAGUAUUACCCCGGUGAUUAUAAAUUCAAUUGGGAUGAACAAACACAGUUUGUAUAUAAGUUUCCCGAAAAUGGUAAACUUGUAAUUAAAAUAUUAGAAGGUAUAGAUUUGAUUUCGAUGGAUUUGAAUGGUAAAUCAGACCCUUAUGUAAAGAUACAUGUUCCUCGUCUUGUAGAGGAUAAGGAUGAAAAGCAAUUGAAAACAUCGACAAAGUAUGAAACAUUGACACCAAAGUGGAAUGAAUCGUUCCAUGUCGAAGUUGAACGUGUCGAGGAUGACUUGGUGGUCUUGGAGGUUUGGGACAAGGAUACUAUUGGAUCAGAUGAUUUCCUUGGGUUUGUUACAAUCGAUGCAUCGUUGUUGCCUUACAAUCAAGAGGUUGUCACCAUUGAAAACUUGUCCUAUGUCGACAAGGGAAAACUAAAGAUUAGUAUCACGGCACUAAACUAUGGUUGGGAUAUUAAAGACGAACUCAAUCGAUACGUCGAGUACAGAGAAAGAUUGGUUGGAUCAUUACCAUUCUACAUUGAAAGAGAGGAACUCAAAAUUAAAAGAAUGGAUCAAUACUCAAAGAAUAGAGAGCAAGGACCCUAUGUAAAUGUAAAACCAGGUCAACUCAAACGUAUUUAUAAAAAAUACUCUAUAGUCAAUGGAUGGAUCAAAAGUCACAAGGCUGGCGAGAAUGUAAAAGAGGGUGCCAAGACUGCAGCCAUGCUUGCUGGUGCUGUCGUCGGUGUUUUAUUCGAAUCUGCAAUCGAGAAUACUCGUUAUUAUAAUUUUAAUAAUAAUUUCUAG